AGCGGCACGGCCGCCGGCCACGGGUGACCUGUGACCAACCCGGCGGCGACUGGCGGCUGCCAGGCCGACCUCUCGGUGACUGCGGUGUCCGGUGUCAGUAGGACCCAGCUCGGCGUCGGCCCGCGGCAGGAUCAAUCGCAACCAACAACACCCGACAACGGCUCGCCUACCCGCUGGAUCCUUUACCAGCCGUUCUUACCAGCCGCCGAUGGGGGUCGGUCGCUCCCUCGCGGCCCCCACCUGACGUCACACUGCUGGGUGCUGUGACGUCAUGCUCUCGCCGAAAAUGCAGCGCAGCGUGCGCAUCAACGAGAGCCAGCUGUUAAUGCUAGCGGAGAAGGCACGAUACGGUGAACACCUCUUCGGGCCGCUCUACAAACGCACCUCCGACAACUCAAAGUGGCAACUGCGCUGGUUCAACCUUUAUCAGAACCUCUUGUUUUACUACGAGAGUGAGUCGAGCAGUCGGCCCUCCGGCGUCAUCCUCCUCGAGGGCUGCUACUGCGAGAGGCUGAUAGCGGCCACCGCCAAACCCAAGGAAACGGAACCCAAGUACUGUUUCUCCAUCACCUAUCGUCGGGAGAAUCAGCGGCAAUACGACCUGAGGGCCAACUCUGAGAUGGACUGCAAAUCCUGGAUGGACGCCAUACGACAGGCCAGCUUCAACAAGCUGAUGUUGGCAAAGGAGGAGCUGGAACACAAACACUUGCACCUUCUGCAGAUCGUGGAGAGCGAGAAAACAGCAAAGUGGCAGUACACACAACAGUGCGAAGAGCUCACCACAGAGAUAAAGAAACUUCGGAACGAGCUGUGCACCCUGAAGAAGGACUGGCGAUUUUUACCGAAUCAACAGUCAGAAGAAGGUGAAGAUUCCGACGAGAUACGGAAAAUAAAGAAGGUUCAGAGCUUCUUUCGUGGCUGGCUCUGUCGAAGGCGGUGGAAACAGAUUGUUGAAGAAUACAUCAAAUCACCACACGCAGAAAGCAUGCGCAAACGAAACAGCCUCGUGUUUCGGAUGGUAGAAGCCGAAGAAGAGUAUGUGGAGCAGCUAAACAUCCUGGUGACUGGCUUCCUGAGACCUUUCAAAAUGGCGGCCUCCUCUAAAAUGCCGCCGUGCAGCCACGAAGAUGUGAAUACGAUCUUCCUGAACUCCGAGACCCUGCUGUUUCUGCACCAAAUCUUCCUCAAGGGCUUGUCGGCGAGAAUGGAAAGUUGGCCGACGCUGGUGCUCGAUCACCACAGGCCUGUGUGUGCGCCACUGGGUGAUCUGUUCGACAUGUUGUUACCUAUGCUCAGCAUCUACCAGGAAUACGUCCGAAAUCAUUACUGCAGUCUCAAGGUGCUCUCCGAAUGCAAGCAGAACCAGCAGUUUUCGACGUUUCUGGGCCGACUAGAGGCGAAGUCCACCUGUCAGGGCCGCACGCUGGAGACCUUCCUCACCUAUCCCAUGCACCAGAUCCCGCGCUACAUCGUCACGCUGCACGAGCUGCUGUCGCACACGCCACAGAACCACGUGGAGCGCCGCUCUCUGGACGAGGCGCGUCGUCAGCUGGAGCAGCUCAGCAGGCAGAUGCAGGACGAGCAGGUCAGCGAGGCGGAGAGCAUGCUGCGCCGGCUGGCGGUGGAGCGGCUGAUGUCGCACGGCUGCGGCCUGCUGCACGAGCUCGCCCAGUCGGCCCAGGCCGCCCAGCCGGCGGCGCGCACCCAGCGGUCCCGCUCCAUAUCCGACUCGGGCGCCGGCUCCGUCACCCUGUCGCCGUCGCCGUCCAUUACCAACCAGUCGCGCUCGCUCUCCUGCUUCCACCUGGAAACGCGCAAGGUGUGCUCGUCGUUCCCGCGCGUCUCCAUCGACUUCCCGCGCGACAAAAAGGAGCUGUUCCUCUCGGAGGACAGCGACGAUCCGUGGAACAAGGCGGCUGGGGCGCGCCGCGAGCGCAGCCACAGCACGGUCAGCUGCCAGCCUUCGCAGGAGAUCGCUGCCGCCCUGCAGCGACACAGACACUCGUGCCAGAUUUUCGGCAGGGGCGAUGAUGAAGACAUCCAGCGCAUCAAGAGCCUGCGCAAGUGUUCGGUGGGCCCCUACCUGGCCGUGCCCUCUGUGAUGAUCAGUGACGCCGCCGUGCCGCCGGGGCCCUCCUCGUCGCCCAGCCUGCGCUCCAGCAUUUCGUCGCAGCCGCGAACCCCGCGCGGAAGGCGCUCCAUCACGUUCCUGGACGCGGUGGCGUCGCAGCCGCUCUGAGACGACGGGAAGCGACGCGAGCCGAACUCUCGUCAAUUAUUGAUGCACGGCUUCGCGGUGAGGCGAUAUAAAUGCUCAGACACGUGGCGUGUGCUGGUUUUGGCAGCUGGUGAAAUGCGCUUCAGGACUGCUUCGUUUUGUGGAAGCCGGGAAGACUGAACUGAAAGAGGAACUCACUUUUUUAAACCGAAAAGACCUAUUGAGGUAAAUUUUUGCUGGCUGGCUUGCGCACAAUUAGCGCUUCGUAUAAUGCAAAUGGACGAACAAUUAAAAUAGAUGAUUGGCAUUGUUAAAAGCCGUCAGUGAGGGAUAUUUUGCAUUAAAAUGUCAGUCGCAGUGGCUUGUGGGCAAUGGUAUGACUUCCUGACGCUCGUACUGAUGUAAAAUUGUCUCAAACUGUGUUUGUAAAUUUCGAGCAGUCGCUGAGAAAGCUGUGAGUGUCAUUAAUUCACAUCUUGCCAAUUGUCUGCGGAAUUUCGAGUGGUGACGACAGGUUAUAGGUCAGCGAACGUUCUCAUCAUCGAUGUCGAGCUUCGUGUCAGUCGAGUGCUUAUGAACAUUGUCGUCGAAUGACAGGCUUUGUGGAUCGUUACCGGCUUUGUGUCAACAGCAGGUCGCCGUGCUCGGCGCAGCUGUAAAGCCAUUGGCCAUCGAUCCAGCCGAUAUGAACGGCAGUUCACAAUGACCAUACCGGCCGACAACAUAGUUGCUCAGAACAGAAUGUGGUCGUUAACAGGGGCUACAGGAGCUGUCAACGUUUCUUGUUGUUGACUUUAUUACCAAUGGAGAAAAAACUAACGUAAAUGUUCAAUUAAACGUCUUAGCAGUGUCAUGGUGGUCCGCCAAUGCCCUUGGGCUAAUACGCCGAAGCUUUUAUAAGUGUAUUUUUCUGUGUUGAUUGUCCAUGCCAACUACGCCAGCGGUUUCCGCAGGAGCGUACAUACGGCUGUUGGCUUGUAGCCAAGUGGAGAAUGCUCAUAGGUCUGGCGACGUGCGCCAUGUUGUCGGUGAGCUGUGUAAUGUUUUUUACGUGUGCAGGAGGCGCCAGAUACCGGAAAGGCCUUGCUAGGCCCGGUGAACUGGCUUAACGCCGCCGUUUUCUUCCAGCUGGGCCGCGACUGGGUGAAUUUGGUGUGUCUGCUUCGCGCUGGUGAAUGUUUAUAGUAAUGUGGCCGGUUCAUUCGCAGCUUGUCAAUAGUAUGUUAGAAUGGC